AUGUCUCGGGCGUGUCGUCCUUUUUUUCUCUUCUCCUGCCUGCCUCGCUUUCGGCCAACCUCCGCCACGUGGCCAACCCAACAGACAGCCCCCUCUUUUCAUUUCGCCCACCCCGCCAGACGUGUUGAAGAGCCCUCAGAUGACCCGAAGCCUCUUCUCAGGCCGGCCACCUCACGCCAUUCAUUCUCUCUCUCCCGCGCUCUCCUACGCCAAUAUCGCUACUCUUGA